UUAGUUUUUAUUUUUGUUGGGUUAAAAUUGAGAGUGAAAAUGGUUAAAGAAAAUGAGAGAGAAUAGGUCAUUAUUGUGUUAAAAGAUAACCAAGAAGCAACUGCAUCUCUCGCUCUGCAAUGUUUGUUUCGUGCGCAGGAAACUUUUGCGAAAUCUGAUGAUUGAAAAUUGACAAGCAGAACCAACAUUACAGAGUAGCUUCACACAUGGAUCUCAGUGGCAAUUCUCUUCCGUCCGCACCUGACGGGGUAAAGAGAAGAGUAUGCUAUUUCUAUGAUCCAGAGGUUGGCAAUUAUUAUUAUGGCCAGGGUCAUCCCAUGAAGCCACAUCGUAUCCGAAUGACACAUGCCCUUCUUGCCCACUAUGGAUUGCUUCAGCACAUGCAGGUCCACAAGCCUUUUCCUGCUAGAGACAGGGACCUUUGCCGUUUUCAUGCGGAUGAUUAUGUUUCAUUUCUUCGAAGCAUAACCCCUGAAACACAGCAGGAUCAUAUGAGACAACUCAAACGCUUUAAUGUUGGUGAAGAUUGUCCUGUCUUUGAUGGCCUAUACUCUUUCUGUCAAACUUAUGCUGGAGGUUCAGUUGGUGGGGCUGUCAAGUUGAACCAUGCUCAAUGUGAUAUUGCUGUCAACUGGGCUGGUGGCCUGCAUCAUGCCAAGAAGUGCGAGGCUUCUGGAUUUUGCUAUGUUAAUGAUAUAGUCCUUGCAAUCUUAGAACUUCUUAAAAACCACCAGCGUGUUCUAUACGUGGACAUUGAUAUCCACCAUGGAGAUGGUGUGGAGGAAGCUUUCUACACUACCGAUAGAGUCAUGACUGUGUCUUUCCAUAAGUUUGGUGAUUAUUUUCCUGGUACCGGGGACUUGCGUGAUAUUGGAUAUGGAAAGGGGAAAUACUACUCUCUUAAUGUUCCACUUGAUGAUGGUAUUGAUGAUGAGAGUUAUCAUUUGUUGUUUAAACCUUUAAUCGGCAAAGUAAUGGAACUCUUUAAGCCUGGUGCAGUAGUUCUCCAGUGUGGUGCAGACUCUUUAUCAGGAGACAGGUUGGGAUGUUUUAAUCUUUCAAUUAGAGGUCAUGCAGAGUGUGUCAAAUACAUGAGAUCGUUCAAUGUUCCCCUCUUGCUACUAGGUGGUGGUGGCUACACCAUCCGGAAUGUUGCUCGCUGCUGGUGCUAUGAGACAGGAGUUGCUCUUGGAAUAGAAGUUGAUGACAAAAUGCCAGAGCAUGAGUAUUAUGAAUAUUUCGGCCCAGACUAUACUCUCCAUGUUGCCCCAAGUAACAUGGAAAACAAAAAUACUCGACUUUUACUUGAUAGUAUCCGAUCUAAGCUACUUGAGAAUCUCUCAAAGCUGCAGCAUGCUCCCAGUGUUCAAUUUCAGGAAAGGCCUCCUGAUUCUGAUCUUGGAGAGGAAGUUGAAGAUCAUGAUGAUAGAGAUGAGCGUUGGGAUCCGGAUUCUGACAUGGACAUUGAUGUUGAACGCCAUAUUCUCCAAAGCAAAGUAAAAAGAGAAAUUGUUGAACCUCAGCUCAAUGAUAUGGAGGACCUGAAAAGAACUAGAGAGCAGUUGAGGGCCUCCGAUACUGCAGUAGUUGAACCAAGCGUGAAGGUGAAUUUCAUAACAUAAGUGUACAGAUGCAUAUCCAUUAAAUGCGUUAGAUAUUUGUUCUCAGCCAACUGAUGAAGAUAGUGUGAAAGAUGAAGAGAAUACUGCGAAUGAUUUGGCCAGAGAGAUGGAUCUCAAGUGAUUGGGAGUUGUUUAUUCAAUGAUCUUUUUGUGAUGUCACAUUUCCCAAAAUAAUCGAGAUGUGGCGGUUGCUUGGUUUCCACUGUCAUCAUUGCUUAGAUGCCUAUUGUAAGGCUCUAUAUCACAUGACACCCAAAGAUGUUACAUUUUUGUUCCUAAAUAGUAAAAAUAGUACUCCAGAUAACAAUUAGGUUAUAAUGUGCUAUAACGUGGGUUUUUUUUCAUCUUCUUGUACUGAUAUUUCUGUUUGUCUAUGAAACAAGUUGCAUAAAUACGGAAAAGAAUCAUAAAAAAAUUGAAAGAAAAAUAAUUUUUUUUAACCA